AUCUCAGCGUGACAACAUCUCAGCAUGUGAGCGUGACCCAUGCCAGCGCGCCAGCAUGAGAACAUGUCAGCACGACACCACAAAGGUAUAUCAGCGUGUCUGACAACGCGAAUCAUCAGCGUAUCGGCAUGGCAACACCUCAGCGAUUUCGUAUCUGCAAAGCUCCCGGACCUGCUCAUGAAGCUCCAGAACCUCCUCCGGAACCUGGAGCCUCCUCCGGAACCUGCUCCUGAACCUCCUCCGCACUUGCUCUGGAACCCUGCUCCGGAACUUGCUCUGAAGCCGCCUCCGAAACCUGCUCGGAACCUGCAGACCUUGCUCCGAAACCUGCUCCGGAACUUGCUCCGGCAAUGACAAUGAUUGCGCACUCAGCCCGAGUUUUCGUCCUGGUGACUUUACUAUCUCUUGGUAGCGCUCAAGAGCCGAACAUCACCCGGUGCACCACUGGAGCCAGCAACAUCAGCCAGAAGGCUUUUCAUGUGCAGGUUUGCAACCUCUUUGGAGCCACUUGCUACAUGAACCACCCCGACAUCCAAGAUUGCGCUACAGAGGCGAUUGCAAUACCGAGUGGAGAAUGCAAAAUGUAUCCAAUCUUGGAGUACCAAGACAAUUGGGUGCGCAGUGGAUCCGCCGCAGUGGAGGAACUUUCAACCGAAAGCGACUUGGGCUGCAGCAUCUUCAUCCAGAAUGGAGAUGCGCGGUUUUCAGGAGCUUGUGCUGCCGUGCAGUGCGCUUUGGACAGUGGCUACGCAGCACCUGGCAUGUCAGCGGCCAGUGGCAACUCUCGAGACAUCGGAGUGACCGAUACAGCCACAGCUGGAUGGCAAACUUGGUCGCUUGUUGAGAUCCCGGAUGAAUCGGAGCAGUUGAAAACAGUGUUUCUGUACCGCACAGGGAACUACAUUGCGACCCUUAAAAGGACAUACACAUGGAGCACUGGAGGAGUGACAGUGUCGGUGGGAUCAUUGCCCACGUCAAAUGGGAACAACUAUGGCCCAGUGGCAUGCCCAGGAUCGAACCUGGUAUUGACUUCCACAGAGGCAACAGCCAUCUCUCCUUUGGACUUGAAGGUGUGUGGUAGCACUGGCAAGUGGGUGUACUGGAAUGCCAUCAACCUCCUUGUGGACCAAAGCUUGUAUGCCAAGUUCACUGAUGAUGCCACUGCAACUUCAGGCAGUACUCGGAAUAUUGGUGCAGUUCCUUUCCUAGACGGCAGGAGCUCUUUCAGAAGUGGCGAAGCAGCGAUGGACGACCCUCGUGCAGUGAUGGUGAACCAGGACAGCACAGCAACUUCGGCAGUGCUCAUGACUAGCGGAACAAUUACACCGACGAUGGCUUACGGAGCAGCUUCAGGCGAGGUUGCUGGUACAUGGCGGAGCUUCGGUGUGGUGUUCUAUUGCGAUGACUAUGCUCGCACUGACCUCACAACAUGUGCGUCGGCAAACCAGAAGAUGUUCUACGUGGCUGAUCCCAACCCUGAAGAGCAGUUUGGAAGCACUGCAGACCUCGGCGGGUUAGGCAGCAGUCAGGGCACGUCAGGAAGCAUCCACUGCACAAGUCCUGUUGCCUUGGUGAGCCUCUGCUUCUUGAUAAGUUCUAUCUUUGAGGCUUUGCUUUGAAGUACGGAUGUUUGGCAGCUAGCAAUUUGAAGGCUGCCCAAUUUUGCACCACGACGUUUGCUGGACUGCGCGCCGCCUGCGCGCCGAGGGCGCUCUUGUAUCUCUUGUAAUAGGCGGAGAAA